ACCCUUCUGGCAACGUCGGCCUUUUGCCAGUAACAACACCAACUAAAGCAAAAGCAUCGACUUUUGUUGAGAGUAAUUUAAAAUCCAGGGGCAUCAGCAAAGAAAAUCCCUCUUUUCCCCCAUCAUUCCAUACUUUCUUCUUCUCGGGUAGGAAAAGCAAUUCUGCACAAUGGCCCCGGUAAUACACAUCGUCAUGUUCCAGUUCAAGGAAGAUGUCUCUACUGAGACAAUUAAAGAGAUGUCGGACCGCAUGCUCGGCCUCAAGACCAACUGCAUCCACGCCACCACCAAGCAGCCCUACAUUCUUUCUUCUAGGGGUGGCACCGACAUGAGCAUUGAAGGACUCACUCAAGGAUACACGCACGCCUACGUUGUCGAGUUCGCCAGCAAGGAAGACCGUGAUUACUACGUCAAGGAGGACCCUGUGCACGCUGCCUAUGUCAAGGAUGUUGUUCCGCUGCUGAUUAAGCCGUGCAUUUUUGAUUACCAUCCUGGAGAGUUUACUCACACGAAACUCUAGCUGCUACAUUAAGAUGGCCCAUUUAAGCGCAGAUGGAUACAUAUAUAGACUCAAAGCCUAUUUUCAAGACGCCUGGAAAACAUAGUGCUCUGUAUAUUUCCAUCCUUGUCUGAAUCCUUGUAUGAUGAUAAUAGUGAUUCCCAUCGGCC